AUGGCGGCGCGGGUGCAGCACCAGCUCGAGGACAUGGUCCCCGAGCUGCGCAAGUUCUCGGAAUUGCAGCUAUUCACAGAAUCCGAGGUAAAGGACAUAGUAAAGCGCCGCAGGAAGUACGAGUACGCUGUCAUAAGUACCGAUCCCGUAUAUGCGCGAAACUCCUUCCGCGAAUAUAUCCGGUACGAAGUGGAGCUCGACCGCCUUCUCCAGCAACGGCUGCGGCAGGCGAAGUCAAAGCAAGAGAAGCCAGACGUGCGUUACAAUGUUCCCGCGGAGCACGGCAAGGUCCCUAUUAAGGUGACGGUGCGACGUCGCAUCCACCGAAUCUUCAACCGGUGUCUAAAAAGGUUCGGAACUGAAGUCGAGCUGUGGAGAGAGUACUGCGCGUUCUGUUAUCGCAUCAAAGCCUUUAAUGUUCUAAAUCGCGCCAUAAUGGAUGCUCUGUCCAAGAAUCCAACGUGCGAGCCGCUGUGGAAGGUGGCCACGCAGUACACGAUGACCCUAAAGGGCAGCAUCGCCGCACGUAGCGUGGUGAAAAUGGCCUUACGCGCGAACCCAAGGAGCUUGUCACUGUUCAUCUUGCUGCUGGAACUUGAAGUGCAGACCACCCAACGCCUUGCGGAGUUCGCUAAGUCGGGAGAGGAUGAGAGCCCUGGCGAGGUGGACCCAGAAGAGAUCUCCACUAAGACGUGGAGCACCAUAAUGCGUCAUGCACUUAAAUCUUUGAAUGGCAGCGACGCAUUUAAGAUGCUGUUCUUCGGCGCGACAGUAUGCGCCCGUGUACAGCGCACACCGGGAUUUGCUAAUGCUCUUGGUGACUACGGCGAAUUCUCUUCGCUAGUGUUCGACGAGAUGUUUAAUCGCAGACAAUCUCACCCCGUUAUGGGUCUCUACGUAUGGCAGCAUCGGUUGUUGGAAUCACUGUUGGUGCAUCGCAGCGAAUUGCCCGAUGCAUGCCCUCCCCCUGAAACCGUCUUUGGCGAGAUGGUGGACGACUGCGCGUCCACUCCGGCAAUGAUGCCGGUAGUGUGCCGGUUCGUCAAUGUUGGAAUCGCUUCCGAGGAUGACACCUCGCCCGAAUUAGGCAUAAUGUCGAACGGUGCAGACGAGCCCUCGUGGGUGAUGGAUGUGGACGGCUCGGAACCGGGUGCCACAAUUGGCAAUAAGCCCUCUGCCUCGGAAUCGGCACAGCCAGAAGCCGACGAUUCGGAGAUAAGUGCUUGCUGCGAGGGCCUAGAUAGCGUGAAGGAUAUAUGCUUUCUGAGGCCAAAGUCAGACGACUUUGAGAGCUUGAGCCAGCAGUGUGAAUACGUGAGGGGGAUGAUAGACAGGCGCCAACUGACGGCGCUUAACUCUCUGUUCCGAAAGUUUUUCGCGCAGAGAGUUGGUGAAUCAGUAUCGGAGUUAGCGUCCAUUAUCCAAAAGUCGCAAGGUAACGAUAUCGUGGAUGCACUGCUGUCAUCAGAUGACAAACUGUUGCGGCUUGUUGCGUUACAGGUGACUCCAAACACGGCAAAAUCGCAUAGCGUAUCCGGUUAUAGCUUGGCCAUAGAGUUUUCGCGUCACGUAGAUUCUGCAUGUCUUGCACCGUUUGUCGCUCUAGUGAAGCGAAGCAUUCUGCAUAGCCUCAGGAGCGCCCAUAUCAAGGACAGCUCGAAGGCAAGCAUGCUGAUACGCCUGAUAGAGUGGGAGCAUGUCGACGACACGGUAAAAAUUGAGGCCGCACAAAAUGUCUCCGUUGACCUUACGAGGCCGCAAUUGCUUCAGGGCGUAAAGGCCGCAGUCAAGUUGACGGAAAGCGACGCGCAUCUAAUGGAGCUUGUCAUGUGCCUGCUCGACGCAGGCGCACGCGUGAUCAUCGACGACUUUAAUGCGUCGGGAGACCUCGUCUCCACAGUGUUUAAUGCUGUGAACAAAAGGAUGCCCGACCCCGUCAGCUAUCUUCGCCAGUAUCGCACCAACAACCGGAGCUUGCGAAAUUACGCAGUGCUGACCGCGGUGCUAUCAUUGUGGCAGGUGGAGCGCAUUGUUUCCGGGUUGAAGGCAAAGCUCACUGGAGCCAGCUUCAGCGAUUUUACGAGUAACCGUCGCGAUACGUCAUCGAGCGCUUAUGCAAAGGAAGCACGUGAAAUCAUAGACCUGUGCGAUGCCGCGGUAAUGGCAAGCCAAUCGGUGAACAUUAACGACGCUAGCCGCAAGUUGGGGUUCCGCAACCGAUGCUGGCAGCUCUACCUGCAGUGCGCCAAGGCACUAGAACAGCUGGAUGCGGAGACCAUGGUCUUGAACCUUCACAGCUCCGACUUCUCGUCUGACGCUGUUGCCGCGCGUGCUUACGCGCAGCUGGGCUCAGCGUUCGUCACAAACAGUGUAUGA